AUGGCCCCCUACAAUUAUUCGGGCGUCCCCCAGUCAGAGGAUAACGACGGAGAUGUCUUAGUCGACAUAUCGACCAAAGACAAGUUAUUUCAUCGAUCAGUAUGCGGAAUCUGUUUAUUCGGCACCGUUGUCUUCAUUGUCGGCGUUAUAAUAGGUGUAACACUGCCUCUGCCACUGCAUCUUUGGGGGGCGCCCGCUUCACAUCAGUCGAUGUCCAUGCCAGACGGAACAUUUGCAACAUGUGGCAGUACUCCAGAGGAAGCCUUGGAAAAGGGUUGCGUUUUCGACUUGAUGAAUUAUGCAUGGACACCUCCAGAAUGUUACUCUGCUCAGUUACUGGACGAUUCACUAGCCCUGUAUUCCAAACCGUGGAGAUGGUAUAGCUCCCAAUCUCGAACCCCGGAUACAGAAGUACCACAAGACCCGCACAUUCUCUCAAAAAUGGAUACUGUCUUUGGCGAACACGCUUACCAUGUUGCACACUGCCUCUACAUGUGGCGUACUCUACAAUGGACUCUUUUCGGCAAUUUGACACAACUACAACAUCAUUAUGCUACAUUUGAGCAUCAAGGCCACUGUAUUGAGCUACUAUCUCGGGAAAAAGAAAAUUCAGCAACACAUGCAGUUAUACACUUAGAAUAUUAUAGUAAGAUCUUCAUGACGUGCAAUUGUAUGGAGAACGCGUACCCGCAUGCAUGGGAGUGUGGUGCGCCUUCUCAUGAAGCCAUCACUUUCGAACAAAAGGUCCAAUAUCUGGAGCAUAAACGAAAACAGCAUAACACUCCCGAGGAAUAUAUUUGGAUUCUCAGUAAUGCAGCUGCAAUUCACGACAAGAUUCUUAAGUGUCCCUUUGGCGACGAUUGCAAGAUCACGAAAGACAAUGAUAAAGACGAAGAUGAAGAUAGCAGGUUCGAUCCUGUUUUUGGGAGUAACACUCUUCGUCGACACAUCGCUGGCCAUGUGAAAGAAAUCGCUUUAUUUGCAUUACAGAAGCUACCUAGCGGCAGCAACAACGUUCUUGAGAUUUCUCACAGCAAUUCACUGUCAAAAACGGAUGCCGUUGCAUUAAUAAAUCCGCAAGAAUCCAUGUGCAGUGUGCUCGACAAUGGGAGGCCAUCCUUCGAAGAUGGAGCUCAAGCGGAGCUAGUGCCUAAAGAUAGUGCAGGACUCGACCUAGAGCAGAACAACGACGAAAACGAAACGGCAAGUCAUGACAUACUGACCAACUACAUUCAAGAGGUUCAGAACCCAAGGCCCAACCAAGCAGGAAGAAAUGAAGCUGGCGGGUAG